ACAACACCAAAAAUAUGGUCUAGGCGAAAUUAUCCAAGGGCGGAGGGUGAUCAUACAAUAUGCUGGUGUUCUUGAGACUUGAGAUGUAAUGUGACAUGAGGGACAAGAGCUAACUCGCCUAACAUACCUAGACAGACGCAAGAAUAUUUUACAGUAGUGCAGAUGAUUCUCGAAGGUUCUUGUAAGCCUUUCCAGAUCAUUCUUCUAAAUCUGAGAAAGGCAAAAUAUAGAACACUGCUAUCCAUUACAGAAUCUACAGGUAGAAUGUUUAUCAGUUGAAGCAUUGUUGUACAAGGUAUAACACUGCCUCAUAGCAACAGAUAAGCGUCCUAUAACUGGAAUAUUGCUAGUGAAAUAUAUUUGCUGAUCAGAUGUGGUGCGAGACAACCUGUUCCUUUCGAAUUCAUUUUCUGUCAUAUGUGUAAUCUCUUGUAGUCCCUCUUCCAGAUUAUGUCUGAGAACAUUGAGGUCGUAGUGAGGAAUUGUGACUUUGGGGAGGGCCCGCACUGGGACGAUACAACGCAGUGCCUGUACUACGUGGACGUGUUCGCUAAUGACGUUCACAAAUACAACGCCGUCACAGGAGAGGACGCCCAGUUGAACCUCGGAGGAGGAUCUAUGGCGACUGUCAUCAUCCCUCGCCAGAAGGGCGGCUUUGUGGUGAGCCAGAAGACAGACCUCGCCAUCGUGGACUCUUGGGACAGUGGCAAGGUCACCAGCAUUGCAAAGGUCGAGGCCGACGCUAAUACGCUCAAUGACGGCAAAGUGGAUGCUUCCGGUAGACUCUGGAUUGGGUCGUGCCCCAAUGAGAACAACCCUGACCUUCUACAGUUGCCGAAGUAUCAGGCCUCACUGUCCAGCCUGGAUGCCGAUGGGAGCGUCAGGAAACACAUCAGCAACAUCAGCCUCAGCAACGGCAUGGACUGGACUGACGACAACAGCGUCAUGUACUACAUCGACUCAAUACCUAGGCAGGUCUGGGCCUUUGACUUUGACAUCACAGCUGGGACUAUAAGCAACAAGAGAACUGUAGCAGACUUCAGCUCUACUGAAAUCCCAGAUAUGGGGUUUCCUGAUGGAAUGGCGGUUGAUACUGAGGGAAAAUUAUGGGUGGCCUGUUUUGACGCUGGGAAAAUUGUCCGAAUCGAUCCCGAGACUGGAAAGGUCAUCAGAACUGUUAAGUUCCCAUGCGAAAAGACAACGUCGUGUUGUUUCGGAGGGGAGGACUUCACUGACCUCUACGUCACAUCAGCUGCCCCGGCACAACUGGAGAAAACAUCAUUGGGUGGUUCACUCUUCAAGGUCACGGGGCUAGGAGUCCGAGGGCGCAAAGCUAACAUGUUCGCUGGAUAAGCGGUUCUCCGUUCAAUGCGUUUUCAAGAAAAAGCUCGUCCAUUAUUUGUAAAUCUAAUUUCGAUGCAGGGUUUUAAGUUAAGUGUAUAACUGGACUGCAUUUAGCAAGAUAUCUCCAUGAAACACAAGGAUAUGUGCAGAUCUUGCUGUAAAUACAGCGUGGUUUUGUCUUCAAAACCAUGGAGUCGAUGCUUCGAUUAAUUAAGACCAAUAAAUAUUUUGAAAACAAAA